CGGGAAUAAGGGGAACACUGCUCUGCCAUUGGUUGGAGGGCGGGGCUAAGUGGCGCUCUGCGUUACCCGUUGGUCGGAGGGCGGGGCUAAGGGGCGCAUCGUAAUGCCAUUGGUCAGGGGGCGGGGCUACGUGGCGCUCUGCCCUGUCAUUGGUCCGAGGGCGGGGCUAAGGGCCACACUGUGCUGCUAUUUGUCGGAGGGCAGGAAUAACGCAAUACUACUCUGCCAUUGGUCCGAGGGCGGGGCUAAGGGGCGCUCUGCUCUGCCAUUGGUCAGAGGGCGGCGCUAAGGGACGCAUUGCAAAGCCAUUGGUCAGGGGGUGGGGAUACGUGGCGCUCUGCGCUGCCAUUGGUCCGAGGGCGGGGCUAAGGGGCGCUCUGGGCUGCUAUUGGUCAGAGGGCGGGGCUAAGGGGCUCUCUGCUCUGCCACUGGUUGGAGGGCGGGGCUAAGUGGCGCUCUACGCUGCCAUUGGUCAGAGGGAGAGGCUAAGGGGAAUAUUGCAAUGCUAUUGGUCAGAGGGUGGGGCUAAGGGGUGCACUGCCCUGCCAUUCGUCAGAGGGUGGGGCUAAGAGGUGCACUGCGCUGCCAUUGGUCAAGGGGCCGGGGAUAAGGGCAGAGUGCACUGCCAUUGGUCAGAAGGCGGGGACAAGAGGAGCUUUGCGCUGCCAUUGGUCGGGGGAGCGGGGAUAAGGGCAGAGCGCACUGCUAUUGGUCAGAGGGCGGGGACAAGAGGAGCUCUGCGCUGCCAUUGGCUAGGGGGCGGGGAUAAGAGGAGCUUUGCACUGCCAUUGGUCGGGGGGCGGGACAAGAGGAGCUCUGCGCUGCCAUUGGUCGGGGGGCGGGACAAGAGGAGAUCCGCGCUGCCAUUGGUCAAGGGGCGGGAAUAAAAGGAGCUUUGCACUGCCAUUGGUCGGGGGGCGGGGCAAGAGGAGAUCCGCGCUGCUAUUGGUCAGGGGGGCGGGAAUAAGAGGCACCCCGCGCUGCCAUUGGCCAGGGGGCGUGGCUAACCGCCUCCAACCCUCCUCGCCGCCAUUUUGAAAGUCGGAAGGACCCCGACGGCCAUGGGGCGUCUUCGGCAGUGCCUGCAGAGCGGGGAAUACGGCGAGCUGCGGGAAUGCGCCAUGCUGGAGGGAGAAUUCCUGCAGGUGACCCGCUCAGGUGACGCGGUCUCUUUUGUGGCCGUGGGGGCGGCGGCGCCGAACCGCGAUGGGGGCGAACCGGAGCUGCUGUUACUCGCCGCGGCCACCGGGGGGCGACCGAGAGGCGACGUCCGUCUGCUGGCGUCAGUCACAGCCCCAUAGCGCCCCAUAGAAACCCCAUAGAGACCCAUAGAGA